AUAGUCUUUCCCCGAGUCUCAUCAUCAGCCACCUUUUACUUUGUCUGUUUCACAACUGAGUAGUACAGGUGGCUGACCUCUUCUUGCAGCUGCCAAUCCCCGCGCUUCUCUCUCUGUCUUUCUCUUUCCCUUCCAUAUGGGUACUUUUGCUUGGUUAGUUUGGUCAUAGUUUCUUCUCUAAACAUUGGCAGUAAAUUGCUAUGUUUCAUGAGGUUUGGUUGUUGAUGCGUUUUUCUUUUGUCUCUCUGUGCUUCUCCCCCCGUGUUCCCUGGUGCUGGUUUCUCAUUUCCAGGUCAAGGAUGCUAUAAAUAUUUGUGUACAGUCGAUGAGAUAAAAGGAUAUUGAAGAAGUGUCCCAGCUAUAAUCAUGAGUACUACUUUAAUUGUUCCCCCGAAAGAUCAGAAAGAGAAGGCAAACUUCCUUCUUGAGGUUGCUAAGACAGAAAAGCAGUUAUGGGCAUUAAUCCAUUCCAAAGGUUUAUUGCACUCUGAUGUUCGGGACUUGUACCAUAAAGUCUGUUUAAGUUAUGAGAGUUUCAUUUUGAGCGAUCAAGAACUGACAGAACUUCAAGAUGUUGAAUAUUCACUGUGGAAGCUACACUAUAAGCACAUUGAUGAGUUUCGCAAAAGAACAAAAAGAAGUUCUGCUAAUUCAGAGAGUGCAACAUCUGCAAUGGCCCCAAGUUGUGCCGAUGACAAGCAUGUACAAGGGUUUAAGUCAUUUCUGCUAAAAGCCACUGAAUUUUACAAAAAUUUGAUUGUGAAAAUCAGAAGUCAUUAUGGGCUUCCAGAAGAAUCUUCCUUCUAUAAAAGUGGUGGCAGCGCUGCUUCUGUUGACCCAAAGAAAUUACAGAAAUGUCACUUUUUGUGUCAUCGUUUUUUAGUUUGUCUUGGGGAUCUUGCUAGAUAUAUGGAACAAUAUGACAAAUCUGGUGCCCAGAAGCAUAACUGGUCAGUUGCAGCCACCUACUACUUGGAAUCUACCACAAUUUGGCCAGAUAGUGGGAACCCCCAAAAUCAGUUGGCAGUAUUGGCAACGUAUGUUGGUGAUGAGUUUCUUGCUCUAUACCACUGCAUAAGAAGUUUAGCUGUAAAAGAACCUUUCCCUGAUGCCCAGAACAACCUCAUUUUACUUUUUGAAAGGAACAGGUCAAGUCAUUUGCAUUCUCUUUCAAGUGAGGCCCAAUUUGAUUUCUUAAAACCAUCUGAAAGAAGCGAUGCCUUGGUCAAAUCACGAUCAAGUAGGGAUAUUUCAGACUGCUGUCUGUUGAAGGGUGAACACGAUCACUCUGCAGAAAUGAAUUUCUGGCCACUUCUUAUCAGAACACUAAGUUUCUUCUUCUUAAAAUCCAGUUUGGAGGACUUCCCUUGUGCUUUUGCAUCUACCAUGAGAGAGUUGGAUAUGAUGAUGGCUUUAGAUGAUAUAAAACUAAGAGUCAUGUUGGAAUCCUAUCAGCUUAUGGAUUCGGCUAGAACAGGUCCUUUCCGUGCUCUUCAAGCUGUUUCCAUUUUCAUUUUUGUCUUCCAUUAUCUAAUUAAUAGCCCAGAAAUUAAGGGGUCAAAAGAUGGAAAGAAUAAGCAACAUUUUGAGAAGAUACAAGCGGCAUUGACUGCUACAUUCAUUUUCAUGGGACGUCUAGUUGAUAAAUGUUUGAAGCCAACUCUUUUGGACUCUUGUCCACUUCUACCCACUGUACUUGUUUUUGUGGAGUGGCUGGUGAGCAUGCUUGAUGAAGUCAAAGCAUAUGGGGUGGAUGACAAAACUACAAGCUCUAUAUCUUAUUUCUUUGAUGCUUUUAUUGACCUCUUGAAGCAGUUCAAUGUUAGUGUUGGAGUUUUGUCCCAUGAAAGAACUGCACUGUGGGAAGAUUAUGAGUUGAGGGGCUUUGCACCAUUAGUUCAAAUACAUGUUUCAUUAGAUUUCUCAACUAACUGGGAUCGCAUAGAGAGUUAUGAGAGUGGGAUUGAAUGCCGUAUUCAGCGUAUUAUCAAUGCUGCAAUGAAGAUUGCUGACAGAUCAAAUGGUUCUUAUAAGUGGAUCACCUAUGAUAGCUCUGGAAGGAAAUUCUAUGUGAAAGAUACAAAUGUAGUGCCUGAGAGACCAGAAUCAGGGAAAGUAGAGUCUACCAGUUCUGAUGUAAAUGUCAAAGGGGUGCAUCAGCAUAUUGAUGAAGCCACAAAGGAGUGCAGGACACAAAUUGCCAAUGAAAAUGAAAGCAACCAUGCUAUGAAUAGUAAAUCUUUUGCUAUGGAAGAGGAAGAAGUAAUUCUUUUCAAGCCUCUUACAAGAUUUAAUUCAGCCCCUCUCUAUGGUUUAAGUAACAAUGCAAAAGACCCUGCAUCUCCAAAACAGAUGGAGGAAAAUGUUCCUUCUGAUGAAUGUUUGCGCCGUGCUACAUCACUACUUAUAGCCCAAAACCAGGCCCAUGGUGAUGCUUCAGAUUUUCAUUCUGACAUUUCUAAUUUCAGUCGCAGCAAGCCAUUCAAGCAGCAGGAGCCUUUUGUAAAAGAUACUACAGCCUUUUCAUUUUCAGAAGUCCCCGUCUCUGCCGGGCCUCCUUCUCUUAGUGCUUGGGUUCUAAAUAGGGGAAGUUUAAGCAGUACUGAAAAGGGGAGAAAUGAUAUGAGUAGACAGGGGUUGAGCCCUAUCGAUGAAAUAGCUACUCUAUCCCUGAGUGGUCUCUAUAUCCGGCAAACUGAGGAUUCUGUCACUUCUUCAAGAUCUGAAGGUUCAACCUACCAUUACUCACCUCCUCUGUAUUCAGCUCCGGUGCCUUCUGCCCCUUUAUUGCCUGAUGAUGCUUUUUGGUAUAAUGGUACUCAAUCUAGUAUUUCUGAGGUGAAGGGCUCAGGGUACAUUAGUAAAGCAGGGAAUUUCUACGAUGCAUCAAGGGUAGGUGGCUACCCCAAUUGGUCUCCUGAUGGGGAACUUAAUUAUGGUUCCGCUAUUCCAGGUUUCAUGGAUAAAUACCCUCCAUUUAGUGGGAUGACUUCUUCGGAAUGGCUUCGUCAAUACAGAGAAAGUCUCAAUCUUGAACGGGCCAACAACCAUGUGCGUCCUAUCAACUUUUUUGCCCCUGGGAACCCCAGGAACUUCCCCACUCCUGAUGCUUCCCGCUUUGGCCUUUUUGAUCAGUAUGGAGUUCCUUCUGUUUCAAAUCCAACAAUUCAUACGGAGAGUCCAAUAGUGCAUCCAGGAUUUCCCCUUGCUUAUGGUGUGGAUGAUCAGAGAAGGGAGAAGCUGUUUCAUGGUUACCAGAGGCCAAGCCCUUAUGGCUGUGGUGCCGUGACUGAACUUAGAGACGAGCCACAGCCACUGUUGCAGUAUCUAAAGGAGAGAGAAUGGCUACUCCAGCAGGAUCCAACUCUGAGAAAUCCGACCUAUAUGGGAAAAUAAAACUUGCAAAUCAAACAGAUGAUAAAAGCUUGUAUCAGGGCUUCAGUACAGCAUUACCCCUAGGACUUAGAUGUCAGUUUAAACAAGUUGAUAAUUGUUCAUGCAUGUACAUAUCGACAGAGAUUGACAAUAUGUAUAAUUUAGCCAGAAGUUCAAGUGUGAAGAAUUGUCCAGCUUGUCCACAAGCCGUACAGAUUUAGGAUGAUUUUAUAAUAAUAUAAUGUUCGCUUACUGACCAGAAA